ACAGGAGAGCACUGCUGAUGUCAUAGCAGCUUUCCAAGGACUUUACUCGGUGACUGCUCGUGCGGCCCAAGUGUAUGCCAAGUCUUUAUCAAUAGAUGCAAAUGAUGCUAUAUUAGCAACGAGGAUACUUUCUCAAAAUCAGGUUAGGAGAUUCUGUGUCUUUUUAAGAGAGUCUUGUGAGGUGCACGCGGACUGUGGUUGCAACCCGCACUCUUCAUCCACGGUAUACUUCGGAAUGAAGCGAGGGGCAGUCGUGCGCGUAUGAUAUUGGCACCCAGUUGUGACAGCAGUAUUGGACAUCUGACCAUCUUACAGCAGGUUACCGCUAUUAGUUUAUCGAGUAUCGGGGGACCAAUCAUGUCUUCAAGAGAAAGACAAAAAGGAAAUAUGACGAAAGACAGCGUCAGCUUGCUGCCCUGCUUCUAUUUCGUUGAGCUCCCCAUCCUGGUGUCGUCGGUGGUGAGUCUGUACUUUCUGGAGCUGACAGACGUUUUCAAGCCGGUCCGCUCGGGGUACAGCUGCCACGACCGCAGCCUCAGCCUGCCCUACAUAGAGUCCACUCAUGAGAUUAUCCCCCUGCUCAUGCUGCUCAGCCUGGCCUUUGCUGGACCCGCCAUCACGAUAAUGAUCGGAGAGGGGAUCCUGUUCUGCUGUCUGUCCAGAAAGAGGAAGGGUGUCGGGGCAGAGGCAGACAUCAAUGCAGCAGGCUGUAGCUUUAACUCCUUCAUCCGCAGAGCUGUCAGAUUUAUUGGUGUCCAUGUGUUUGGCCUGUGUGCCACAGCUCUCAUCACGGACAUCCUCCAGCUAGCGACGGGCUACCAUGCGCCUUACUUUCUGACUGUGUGUAAACCCAACUACACCACGCUCAACACAACCUGCGACGAGAACACCUACAUCCUGCAGGAUAUCUGCUCCGGAUCCGAAAUCGCAGCCAUCAACCAGGGCAGAAAGUCUUUUCCGUCUCAACAUGCCACACUGGCUUCCUUUGCUGCCGUCUAUAUCUCUAUGUACUUCAACAGCACACUUACUGAGUCUUCUAAACUACUGAAGCCUCUGCUGGUCUUCUCCUUCGUCAUCUGUGCCAUCAUUUGUGGGCUGACCCGGAUCAUCCAGUACAAGAACCAUGCUAUUGAUGUCUACCUGGGCUUUCUGCUGGGCGGGGGAAUAGCUGUCUACUUAGGUCUUUACGCAGUGGGGAACUUCCAGCCCAGUGAGGAUAGCUGCAGCUGCCCUCCUCCCCAGCCCCGCGGUCCCUGUCCUUUACCCCACAUCAGCCAGGAGGCCAUGCGCCAUUUACAGGUGAAGAGCUGCAGCGCCAAUAUGGACGGGCUCUCUACCUCCCACUCCGAGGGCAUCCUCCACCAUAACCCCCACCACCGAGAUCCCUCCUCUGGCUCCCUCACCAACCUGAAGAGGUCCAGUGCUGAAGUGGAGGUCAUCACCUCGCCCCGCAGCCCCAUGGGAAAGGAGAGCAUGGUGACGUUCAGCCACACCCUCCCCCGUGUCCACACGCCAGCGAUGGAUGAUGGCACACGCCGCAACGCCACCAUCCACCACAGUCACCAUGCCUCCAUGGACUCCUCCCGCUCCAAACAGCUCCUCUCUCAGUGGAAGAGCAAGAAUCAAGAGAGCCGAAAGCACUCCCUGCAGGUGAUGGAGGGUGAGGCAGCGGCCCAGUCACCCCACCACCGGGGGAGCAUGGACUCCAUGAGGUACUGCUCUGAGCCCUCAGCCGUGGGGAUCAACGGGGUCGAUCUGCCAACGCAGUAUGUGAAGCUGGCUACCGGGGCCAGCACCACACUACCCAGAGACUGCAGCGGCAUAACAGGAGGGGCCAGAGUCUCUAUGCAGUCCCGACCUGGUUCCUCACAGCUGGUCCAUAUCCCAGAGGAGACCCAUGAGAACUUUAACAACCCCUCGCCCAAGAUGGGUGCGGGAGAUGUAGGCGGCGGUGAUAUAUGCAAUAGUGGAGCUCAUGUAAACUGGGUGAAGGCUGCUGAGAAGGCAACUGCCCCAUGUAGGACUAUGAAUGGCAGCCAGCAGCCGCGGAUCAUGCAGGUGAUUGCCAUGUCCAAACAGCAGGGUCUGCUCCAGACUCACUCCAAGAGCAUGGACGAGGGCUGCAUGGACGGCUACACCGGAGGGUCCCUCCGCUACAGAACCCUGAAUGAACCAAAUCCCAUGGGCACGACUUGCAGCACGUUGGGAAGCUCCGUGGGCAGCAUCUCAGGCAGCACUGGAGCCAUCGUGAGGGUGGACGCCCAUCCCGAGAACAACAACAACCGCCCCAUGGUUCACGCCCCUUCGACGGAUAUUAGCAGUGGGGGUUCCUGGAAGACCUGGAGGUCCCAGGACCAGUGUGGGGGUGGUGGUAUCGGUGGAUGCAGCCAGGGCCAGUCAUUCGAGCUGAAUGACCUGAAUAGAGAUUCAGAGAGCUGCGAGUCCCUGUCCAUGAGGGACGGCUCCAUUGGCUCCAUAGACAGGAGGAGACAUGCAAAUCCCACUGCUGCCACCAAUACACAGAACGCAGGGGGCGGGGAGCACUCCCUCCAACAGCAGCAGGGGAUCACCACCAUCAGAGUGACCCCAGUAGAGGGGGGUGAGGUCCCCUCAGAGCCCCACUCUGUGGCCUCCAGCCGGGACUCCACACUCCGGAGGAAAGGGAAAGGGAACAUCAUCCUGAUCCCAGAGCGAGGGAACAGCCCGGAUAACACCAGGAACGUUUUCUACAAGGGGACUUCAUCAACACCCGGUUUGUAGAGGAAGAGCAUUGUCACUUGGCUGUGUCCCAAAUGGAACUGUAUUCCCUAUAUAGUACCUGCUUUUGACCAGGACUCAUAGGGCUCUGGUCAAAAGUUGUACACUAUAUAGGAAAGAGGAUGCCAUUUGGGAAACUGCCCUUGUUCACUUGGAUGUUCACAGAAUUUUCAAGAAAAGAACAGUCAGUGGGAGGGAUUGUUGCACUCUUGGGGAUGUUUGACCCCUUCCACUGCAUCUGUGAUAAGAGGCAAUCCAUCGCCAAACGUUGUAUCCAGAUACAUUUUAUUAGUCACAAAGCAGGCUUUAUUCAGCAUGAUAUUUGUCAUUGUUCCCACAAAAGCACAACCUUUUUGGUCUUGUAGAGCGGUUUACUAUGUUCUUAUGUACUCUAAUAGAAACAUAAUAGCACUGGAAUUGUGUCCAAUUUGAAAUAUUUUCAAAAGUGGGUUAUCAAAGUUUUUGUUUUCCUUUUUUUUCCACAAAGAUCAAUACUACCCCCUGCGUAAAUGCAGACAAUUUUGAACUGUGUGCUAAACCACCCACACUAUUUUGAUCAGGGGUGUCAAGGGUGAUUUUGCCCCAGGGGCCGCAUUCGGUCUUCAAAAAUGUGUUAUAUUUCCACGCCAUCAAAAUUUGCAAGGCAUAAUGUAGUCCUCUAUCAAUUUUGGAAUUGUCCAUGCUCCCUGACUGUCUGGCUUUCAUUUUGGGGAUUAUUAGUAUGAAACUGUAUGAAAUUAGGUCCUUUAUCAGUUCUACACAGUUUUGAUUUAAUUUUUGUCAUUUAGUAAAGUACAUUGAGUUCUUACUCAAACCACCCGCAGGCCGGAUGUGCCGUAUGUUUGACAUACGGCACCAAUCCGGAUGUAGAUUUUUUGACACCCCGGAUGUAGAUGAAAUACUGUGCAUAGAGUACAAAUAAAUAGAGAGAACAUUUGGAACUUGAUAUAGUUAGAGAACUACCUUUUGUAUUAUGUUCUGUAUAGAUGCCACAUUCCCUAGAGAAAACUGUGUUAAUGACCAUAAGUGCUUAGCAUUCCUACUGUAGCUAAAUUAAAUAUGCUGUGAACUGCACAAAAACUGUGUUUCCUACACCUUUUUAUUCAAUGAGCAGGUUGUGUUUGUUCUAUCACAAUAAUACUGUUUGGAUUUUAUUCUAUCAACAUACUGUACAUGAUUUUUCAUGGUGUCUACAUAGUAAAUUCAAAUCUGUCUCCCUCCAUUUGGUAUGAUACUUUACAUUUUGUAUGGUAUGUAUUCAUUUGUGUAUGUCCAUCAUCCAUUUCGUACAAUAUGUUACAAAUUUGCAAUACGUAUGAUAUGUUACGAAUUCCAAUUUGUUGUGGCUAACAUUAGCUAGUUAGCUGGCUAGGUGGCUAACGUUAGCUAGGCUAGGACUUAGGGGUUAAUGUUAGGGUAAAGGUUAAGGUCAGGAGUUAGUGUUAGGUAGAAGGGUUAGCUAACAUGCCAAAUAGAUGCAAAGUAGCUAAAAAAUGUAAGUAUUUGCAAAGUUCCUAAUUAGCGAAAAUGCUAAAAUUGUCAAUAUGUGACUCAAACAUGCAAACUUUCAGUUGCUAGGCGUUUGCCCUACAUGCCGAGCCAUCCACCCCAACCAACCUCUGUCCAUUGGUUUUUGGCUUAAGGAACCUUGUAUCUUUUGUAACCAUACCAAACGUAACAUGUCGUACUAAUUUGACUGUCACAGGUUCAUGUUUACUACAGUAUGUUACGUCUAGUCUUUGAGGCUAGGCUGAAAUGGCACCCUAUUCCUGAUAUAGUGCACUACUUUUGACCAGGGCCCAUAGAGGUCUGGUCAAAAGUAGUGCACUAUGUAGGGAAUCAGGUGCUAUUUGGGACUCAAAAAUGUGUGUGUGUGUGUGUGUGUGUGUGUGUGUGUGUGUGUGUGUGUGUGUGUGUGUGUGUGUGUGUGUAAACUGUCAUGCAGUUUUUUGGCCGGUUUCAAAUGCUCUUUCUACUUUCUUUACACAUCUUUCUUAGUAGCAUUUGACUCGUAGGCUUUGCGUAUCAUGACUGAAACGGUCUCUGUAAAGCACUGUGCUUCUCUGUGAUAUAAGUUACACUGUAGCAGAGGACAGAGGUAUUCUGUUCACUCCUUGUAUAUAUUACAGUUGAGUAGACACAGUAAAGGUAAAGUGGUGAUACUUGUACAUGUUAUCUAUUGAUGACAAGAGUGUACUUUUACUCCAGGCUUUUUCUUCUGCUUUUGACUUCAGCUUUAUCUUGGGUUACAAUUCCAUUUUAUACUUCAGAGAAUUUUCCAUUGCAAUGACCUUAAUACUGUAUUAAUUAUUAAACGGUGCAUAUCAGUAAUAUCUAAUUGGGGUUUUAUUCAUAGUUACAAUGAGAAGGAUUUGACCUAAUGUUAUGAGACUGUGAUCUAUGAGGUAUUUUUAGACUGCUUUUCUUUCCUUUUAUUACUUUUGAAUAAUGAACUAUUUGUGCCAAAGGCUAUCUUUAACGGAACGUAUUUAUACAUCAAGCCUAUUCUACACGACUCAUUUAACCUCUGUAUCCCUCUGCAUGGUCAUUUUGAGAUGCUGUAGAACAUAGUAUUAUUGUAAAUAAUGCCUUUAUUCAAUUGUUCCUAUAUAUAAAAAAUAAUAAUAAGUUGAUUGACAAUCUUUUUAACGAAAUAUACAGUAUAUUAUCAUAUCAGGUCCCUAUUUUUCGGGUUGUUUUUUAAUUUGAUAGGUUGUAACUGAAAAUGAGAACUGGUUCUCAAUCAAUAUAUGAAAUUGUUGGCAAUGUUUGGUAUCUAAAAAGUGUGCUGUUAUUAUUACACUGUGGUCAACGCGAAGAUAUUUAGAUAAAGCUGGUGCAAAUUGAGAAUGAAUGACUUCUGCAUGCUUUCUGGGAUGUCCUUGGCUGGUUUAUCUCCACAAAUCCUUCUGAACAUUCAGUGCACAUGUAUCGGGGUAGAUGGCAAUAGUGUGUUGUCUCAAUAUUGGAAUAAAUGUUUGCUAUAAAGAA